GAAAGGAAUAAGAAAAGACACCACAUCACACAAAGCAAAUAACAUGGUUUCCAUCAAUGGAGAGGGUGAAUUGGUGCCCAAUGAAGCAUCGAACAAAGAGGCUCAUCUCUCUGCUCUUUUACUUGCUAAUAACCAGAUGUUGACAGUGGUCAUGAAUGCUGCUAUUGAGCUCAACUUGUUUGAGAUCAUAGGUAAUAAUGAUGCAUUCAUGUCAGCCUCUGAAAUUGCUUCUAAGAUGGCAAUAGAACACUACUCAGAGUUACCAAAUAGGCUCGAACGCAUGCUUCGUUUGCUUGCGAGUCAUUCUCUUCUAACAUGUGCCACUCGUACCACUGCUGAUGGCAACAUUGAAAGAGUUUAUAAAGUGUCAUCAGUUGGAAAAUACUUUGUCACAGAUGAGAGUGGGGGCACUUUGGCUUCAUUUACAUCUCUUCUAUGCUCUCGUGCUAUGUCUCAGGUUUGGCCCACUUUUAAGGAUGGUAUCAUCGAUGCUACUGCUGAUGACCUAUUCAAAAAAGUUUAUGGAAUGCCAGCAUUCCAAUACGCAGACAAAGAUCCAACAUUCAACCAGCUUUUCAACAAGGCAAUGGAUGAAAUAAGCACCUUGGACAUGAAAGCCAUUUUCCAAGUGUAUAAAGGAUUUGAAGGAAUAUCAACACUGGUUAAUGUAGGAGGAGGAACCGGGAAAACGCUAGAUAUGAUAAUUUCAGAGUACCCUUCAAUAAAGGGUAUUAAUUUUGAUUUGCCCCACGUUGUUGAAAAGGCACCAACCUACCCAGGCAUAAAGCACGUUGGAGGAGAUAUGUACGUAAGUGUACCUCAGGGUGAUGCCAUAUUUCUAAAGGCUGUACUGCACAAUUGGUCGGAUGAAGACUGCUUAAGGCUUUUGAGGAAUUGUCACAAGGCACUGCCACAAAAUGGAAAGGUGAUUAUUGUCGACUUUAUAGUGCCAGAAACACCAAAUUCAGAUGCAUCUAAGAUAGUUUCUUUAGUCGACAACAUCAUGUUUGUCAUUGGUGGUAGGGAGAGAACAAGCAACGAAUUUGAGGCUUUAUCCAAGCUUUCGGGAUUUUCAGGAUUUGAAGUUGCUGUCUGUGCACUUGGUGCCUUAGGAGUCAUGGAAUUUCACAAAUAAGUGUAGUUUAGAUUAUUUUGAUUUUCGUAUAUGGUUUAGUUUCAGACAAACAGGUCCUGUAAACUUAUGUUCCACUCUUAGCGAUGUUUGGUUAUAUCAUAUGCUAAGGUUGGGUAUAUAAGCAUAAAUAAAUUGGCUACGUACAGACAUGGGUGCGUGGAGUGUUUUAUUUAUUUAUUUAUUUAUUUAUUUUAUAAUCUGGGUGUCGAUUGUCGAAGGAUAUUACUACGUCCUUUCGUGGCUAUUAAUGUAGGGAAGGUUAAAAUAAAAUAAAAGUUGC